AUGACCACGACCACCUACCAAGUAACAGACUACCUCCUCGACCGCGCCAACAUCCACGAUACAGUAACCAGAUUUGCCCUCACCAUCGACCUCCACGACUGGACCCAACUCGCCACGGACGUCCUGGCCGACCAAGUCAUCAUCGACUACACGAGCAUGUUCGGCGGGGAGCCGCAGCGAGUGACGCCCUCGGAGCUGGCAGCGCAGUGGAAGCCGUUGUCACUCAGUAGUCGUCUUCCUGACUUGCUCUCUCUGAAUGUUGUUGCUGUAGAUCCCUCCUCAUCAACCUCCCCCCAGCCGGACCCUGAGACGCCUAUCCCCGACAAGGCGACCGUCGUCGCGAAUGCCAUGGCCACGCUCACGAAAAAGGGAGGCGUUUGGGGAUCCGAGGACACAGAAUGGUGCCCGUGGAUAUUUCGAAUUGAUCCGCCUGCCCACCGACAAAUUGCCGUCCGGCAAGAAUCCCUGGAGAAUCUCGCAUCUGCGCGUCGAAAACAUCUGUCUAAGACUGAUCGAGGCUACAUUACGAGUUCUGCAAGUCACUUUGCUAGACUGUCAUCAUUCGUAUAUCUAUGUGCUCAACGCCUAACCUUCCAUCCCAUGUGA